AUGGUGAAUAGCAAACACGUUCCAAAGGGCCUCACGUCAAGGUUCAAAGCAAAGCAAUUGGGUUUGAAGCUGCACCGGCUGCAGAGUUACCGACAAUCCCAAGAUCAAAAAAGACUCUUAACACAAUACAAUAGUUCUGAACAGAUCUUCUCAUUAUCAGAAAUACCGUUCUUACCGAUACCCUCAGAUGAUUUGAAGAGUCUUCUAUUAGAGUUCAACAAUAUUAAUGUACCAGUGUCUCUUGGUAAUGAAACCAUAACCAAAAGAGCAAACCGCAGAGCUAGCAGGCAUUUAAAAAAUAUGAAAAUCAAAAAAAUCAACGGUUUCAUAGCUUUCAGAUCAUUCUAUAGUAGAUUGAUAACAAAUCCUGACCAUCAACGUCAACUUUCAGUAUUAUUGGGUAAGCUUUGGGUAAAUGAACCUAAUAGAGCCACUUGGAAUAGGUAUGCCAUAGAAUAUAAUGCCCUGUUAGGAAAUAGCAGAGGGCAGUACAAGCCAUUUGUAGAAUGGCUAUGUGAUACACUUCAUCUUAACGGGGAGGAAAAAGUAGAGGAAACAUACACGAACGUUGUCAGUAACAUUACGUGGGAGUUCUCUUCAAGGUGCCAAGACAACAAGGUGGAAGAUGUUUACUUCACCUGGUAA